CGACUUAGGCUUUGACCGCGUCCAACGGGUGAGCUCAAAGUCCGAACCUCCUUCAACUUUUCAGGUACUGCUGGGAUGCUUCGAAGUGCGUCCGCUACUUUGCGCAUCGUUGCGCACAGUACCCGCCAUGUUAGCCCCCCAUUCUCAACGUCAGCAGUUGCGGCAUCAACCCAACCUAACGCAGCUCUGGACCUCGACCCCUCGCUAAAGGCGCUGUUGCAAGACAUAGAUAUAUCUUUGACAAGUCAUAAGCACGUAACGGCAAAGACACCUCCACGGGAGUUAGAAACUGUCGCGAUUGAGCACCCGGAGGAGGCCGAGGACGCGCAGGACUUCGUUGAAGAUCAAUCUGAACGAAGCGAGCACCGCAAAUCUCCUGCAGCGCGGUUUGGAAGCAAAAAAAUCGGUGCUGUGGUUUUGCCCACGGAAUUGCAGAAGUCGAUCACUGCUUUAAUAGAUGCUUCUGACAAGGUACAGCUGCACAGUGAUGCGACGCGUCUCUUCUUUGAUGAGACUGAAGGAUGGGACCACGCGUACGACGUAAAAUACCGCUCUCGUAAGCAAGGGGCACGGCACUCUGACCGUGACGGGACAGCGUUCGCGUCGGUCGUUCUCCCUGCACAUUAUUCUGCUAUUUGUGCUGUGCUCCACCAAGUUAAGCACAGAUUAGGUCCACAAUUGAAUGUGCAGCGUAUCAUAGACUGGGGUUCAGGUGCAGGCAGUGGAUUAUGGGCAUCAAUGAAUACUUUCCAGAAGUCCAAUAGCGCUUCCGAGGAACCAAGCCUUUCCACAUCCAAUAUCUUCACAUACCUUGGUAUUGACAAACGCGACGAACUUGUUGCAAUAGGCAAACGGCUACUGAGAGAUACAGACUUGGGUGCCCUAAGUGCAACUUGGCAAAGGUCUUUCCGGGAAGAUGAUAUAGUCAAGCGAACGGAGGGGCAUGAUACUCUCGCCCUGUCUGCUUUCAUGCUUUCAACUCUACAGACACCUCUCGCGCGAAAGAAGUUCGUGAAAGAGUUGUGGGAAAGUGGAGCACACACCAUCGUUCUGAUCGAUCACAAAACGAAAGCUGGGUUUCAAAACAUUGCAGAAGCACGCGAAUAUCUCCUCGAUAUGGGGCGUAAAGAACUCAAUGACCCAGAAACUGCAGACUGGCCUGUUCGCGGCGCUCACGUUGUUGCUCCUUGCCCGCACGAUGGUUCUUGCCCUCUCUACUCCGGAAAAUCGGUGAGCCUAGUGUGUGGCUUCUCACAACGCCUGCAACGACCGCCCUUCGUUCGUCUCACAAAACAUGCACGCGAAGGUCACGAAGAUAUCGAGUACUCUUAUGUUGCAAUCCAACGUGGGCCACGCCCAAGCACAGUGGGCGAAGGCAUCACCACACAUGUAGGGAGUGUAGGACGCGUUGGUGCUAUCGGUCGGGAGGAGGCAGAGCAGAUCAGGCUGAAGGAAGAGAGGGUUACGAAGGAGCUUGUACUCGACGCAGAUCAUGUUGAGACGAGACAUGAAGCUGAAGCAACUGAUCAAAUUCCUGCGGAAAUUUCACCAGUUGAAAUUUUAGAGGAGGUCGAAGCCGCGCUGCGAAAUGAGGCAUUCCAUUGGCCACGCCUAGUCUUUCCACCUUUGAAGAAGAGCGGGCAUAUCAUUAUUGACGCAUGUACUCCGGAAGGCAAAAUUAUGCGUCUCACUAUCCCGAAAUCUCAGGGUAAACAACCAUUUUAUGACGCGCGGAAAUCGUCCUGGGGUGAUAUUUUCCCUCAUCCGCCAAAAAAUCGUCCACAGGAGAGGUUCCAGUCUAAGCGGCAAGGCGCGUCAAGGGGAGAUGAUAUUGGGAAGAGGGCAAAAGGACGGGACCAUACGAAAGGCGAGAAAAGUUAUUCAAAGGUGGAGGAGGCGUUGAAGGAGAGGAAGAGGGCUUCCAGACGCGAUCGCGCAGUGCAGAAGGAAGACCUCGCAUUGCUAGAUGAGCAAUAGUGGAUAUCUUUUGCAUUUGCUCUUCUCAUCUCCUGGCACUAGUCACACUGGGACUCACACACUACUACGCUACUUCAAACCAGAUGAAUUUAAUGUAUAACCAGUAUCAUUGUUAUCGAACUCUAUGUUACUUUAGCCAGUCAGUCAGGUGAACCUUCACCUAAAUCCAACCUUUUCGUCGUUUACUUCCUCCUAUCCACUAAUUAGAUCAUGA